AUGGUGCGCUUCUUCCUCCCGCCACUGGAUCACGAGGAAGGCGACAGCGACGACGACGCCGCCGCGGUGAUAAAUAACGUUGCGGCGGAGGGUAAUGACGGAACGGCGGAUACUGACGUGUUCCAGAAAGACGUUUACGUUAGCGUCAACGUAGAAGACGGCAAUGGCCGCGGAGGCGCAGACGAUUCUCCCGCUGGUCGACCAGGCGACAAUUUGGAUAGCGUUAUUCACACGCAACCAGUUUAUUCCACGUCAGACUCUAAUCCCGCUGACGCUGCACGUUUCGCUGACGACGUAUCGCGUGGCGGGGCAUCUCGGCCGUACGUUCGAGAAUCUUCUGCUUCAACGGGAGAAGAGAUGCCUAUAGCGGGGGCAGAGAGCCCUGUUGGGGCGAUUUGGGGGGAAGCAGCUGCGGGGGAGGUAGAAACGGGGGUUGGCGGAGCCGGUGGCGAGGAGGGUUGGGUACGGGAAAGGGGGUUGAUGGCGGAGGGACGAGCGGCAGGUGCGGGUGAGGUGGCUGGUGGGGAGAGUAGGGCGGGAGACGAGGAGGGGACGGCAGGAGGCGAGGAGGGGAGGGGAGUAGCCGAGGAUGCGAGGGCAGCUGGCGGUUCGUAUGCAGCACAGAUUGCAGAGCAGUGCACUCGAGGUGACGUCACUCGAGCUGACGUCACUCGAGCUGGUGGCUGUGAACGAGCUGAUGUCAUCACUCGAGUUGGCAACCGUGCCCGACCAGAAAUAGCGGUGAAGAAUCCAGUGGCAGGAGCAGAAGCAGCAAAGCCAGCAGAACUGGCGGUGGAGGGGAGCGCACGGGAGAGGAUUAUAACGGAGGGUCUAGUAACGGAGAUGAUCAGCCAAGCCAAGCCAGCAGGAGGAGGCGGUGGUAGGCAUAGGAAAGAAGUGGAGAGCAUGGGAUUGUUGGACAGGGAAAAUGGUUAUGGUGUUGCCAGGGCUGGUGACUGCAUGGCUUCUGGGAGUGCUGUUAAAACCAAUUUGGCUUUUUGUUCGAGUCAGAAGGCGCGUGCAGAUUAUGGUGGUGGGUGUUACCCGUAUGGCCGACAGCAGGGUGCAGCCCGAGAGGAAACGUCCCAGGGAGAUGACACGUGUCCAGGAGAUGAGACAUGCCUGGGAGGUGACACGCGCCACAAAGAUAACAUCAGGUUAUUCAAAGACGACACUUGCCUUACAAGAGACGGCAGAGGAUGCGAACAAGACGACGACACGUGGUCGGGCAGGAGUAGGGGCCGUGAGAGGCCCUGUGCUGACGUGGCAGUGGGUGAGUCAGCAGCGGAUCAGCUGUGGGCGGCAGUGGAGGAGCUUCUGGAGUGCCCUGUCUGCUGCAUGGAGCUGUCUGCUCCCAUCUAUCAGAAGCCAUUAACCAUGGAGGGCGCUGCUGCUGUCGUGACGGAGGUCUCCAAGCAUGCCGUUGGAGCCCUUCCUGAUACCUUUUUGAAUGUCUUCAUUCCAGCAACUGCAGUUGUUGGCAUUCUCUUCGCCAUUUUCCAAUGGUUCAUGGUCUCUCGCAUCCGUGUCGGCGGUGCUCCGGAUGGCCAGUACGGCUUAUUGGAAGAUGGUACAGCGGACACUGUACUCCAACAGGUCUCGGAUAUCCAGUCCGCAAUUUCCAUGGGUGCUGAGUCGUUCUUGACGACAGAGUACAAGUACUUGGCCGUAUUCAUGAGCGGCUUUUCCGUGAUCAUCUUUUUGUUCCUUGGAUCCGUUGACAACUUCAAUCAGCAGGGCAUUGCAAACGCUGGUUUCAGCACCUUGGCCUUUAUUCUUGGAGCUUUGACCUCGACUGGAUCUGGGUAUCUUGGCAUGAAGAUCGCCACAUAUGCUAACGCGAGGACCACCUUGGAAGCCAGGAAAGGAAUUCCUGCGGCUUUUGUGGCUGCCUUCCGUGCUGGAUCCGUCAUGGGCUUCCUCCUGUCCGCAAACGGACUGCUAGUGUUGUUCCUGACGGUUCUUGCAUACAGGAAGUAUUACGGCGACGACUGGGCUGGGCUGUACGAGUCCAUCACAGGCUACGGUCUUGGUGGCUCUUCUGUCGCCCUGUUUGGUCGUGUUGGUGGUGGCAUCUACACCAAGGCUGCUGAUGUUGGCGCGGAUCUUGUGGGCAAGGUUGAGAGGAACAUUCCCGAGGACGAUCCUAGGAACCCUGCUGUGAUCGCCGACAACGUGGGAGACAAUGUGGGUGACAUUGCUGGCAUGGGUUCUGACCUCUUUGGCUCCUUCGCCGAGUCGACCUGCGCAGCGCUUGUGAUUUCGGCCCUGUCUCAGCCUGGAAAGGACCAUGAUUUCUCCGCUAUGUGCUUCCCUCUCCUGGUCAGCGGUGCCGGUAUUCUUGUGUGCCUGAUCACCACCAUUAUUGCAACGGAUAUUCAGCAAGUGAGGGAGAAGGCUGAGAUUGAGCCAGCGUUGAAGAAGCAGCUGGUUAUCUCCACUGUGCUGAUGACACCCGUGAUCUUCCUCGUUGCGUUCUACGCUCUUCCGCCAACAUUCAAGAUCACUGUUGUCGGACAGGGCGACAAGGUUGUCCAGAACUGGUACGCAUUCGCGUGCGUCGCAUCGGGUCUUUGGGCCGGCCUUCUCAUCGGUUUCGUUACCGAGUACUUCACGAGCAAUGCCUAUGUCCCUGUUCAGGACGUUGCUGACUCUUGCCGUACUGGUGCGGCCACUAACAUCAUCUUCGGCCUUGCCCUUGGCUACAAGUCUGUUAUCAUUCCGGUGUUCGCUAUUGCUGCUGCAAUUUACGUGAGCUUCCAGUUCGCUGGCAUGUACGGCAUUGCCUUGGCUGCUCUUGGCAUGCUGAGCACUCUUGCAACUGGUCUGGCCAUUGAUGCGUAUGGGCCAAUUAGUGACAACGCUGGUGGUAUUGCCGAAAUGGCGGGUAUGGGUGAGGAGAUCCGUGAGCGCACCGAUGCUCUCGAUGCUGCUGGAAACACCACUGCUGCUAUUGGCAAGGGCUUCGCUAUUGGUUCUGCUGCACUGGUGUCCCUCGCUCUGUUUGGAGCUUAUGUGAGCCGUGCCAAGGUUAACGUUGUCAACGUGACUGAGCCCCAGGCCUUUGUUGGACUCCUUGUUGGUGCUAUGCUGCCCUACUGGUUCUCUGCCAUGACCAUGAAGAGUGUUGGCAAGGCUGCUCUUGCAAUGGUGGAGGAGGUCCGUCGCCAGUUCAAUACCAUGCCUGGCUUGAUGGAGGGAACCACGAAGCCUGACUACAAGAAGUGUGUCGAGAUUUCAACUGCUGCCUCUCUGCGUGAGAUGAUUCCUCCUGGCGCGCUUGUGAUGCUGAGCCCUGUGAUUGCGGGAACUCUGUUUGGAACUACCACCCUGGCCGGCAUGCUGGCGGGUGCACUGGUGUCUGGCGUCCAGAUUGCCAUUUCUGCGUCGAACACUGGUGGCGCAUGGGACAAUGCAAAGAAGUACAUUGAGGCUGGCAACUCCGCUCAUGCCAAGAGCCUUGGACCCAAGGGCUCUGAUCCCCACAAGGCUGCAGUUAUUGGUGACACUGUUGGUGAUCCUCUGAAGGACACAUCAGGCCCGUCCCUGAACAUUCUGAUCAAGCUGAUGGCUGUGGAGUCGUUGGUGUUUGCUCCUUUCUUCGCCACUCAUGGUGGUAUCAUCUGGGGUGGCAGGUAG